AUGACCGACACUUCGUGCUUCAAUUACUCCAUCCUCGAUGCAGAUCUGCCCACAGCAGGUGCACGCAGCCCUGUUCCCUGCAAUGUCAGUAGGACCUGGGAGCCCUUCGAACCGGAGGACCUGAACUUGACCGAUGAGAUGCUGAGAUUCAAGUACUUGGGGCCCCAGCAGACAAAGCUGUUCGUGCCCAUCUGUGCCACCUACCUGCUGAUAUUCAUGGUGGGCACUGUGGGCAACACACUGACCUGCAUGGUCAUCCUCGGCCACAAGGCCAUGCGCACGCCCACCAACUACUACCUCCUCAGCCUGGCCGUGUCAGACCUGCUGGUGCUGCUGGUGGGGCUGCCCCUGGAACUCUAUGAGAUGUGGCGUAACUACCCCUUCCUGCUGGGCCCUGGCGGCUGCUACUUCCGCACACUGCUCUUUGAGACGGUGUGCCUGGCCUCGGUGCUCAACGUCACCGCCGUGAGCGUGGAGCGCUACGUGGCCGUGGUGCACCCGCUGCAGGCCAGGUCAGUGGUGACACACGCACACGUGCGCCAAGUGCUGGGGGCCGUCUGGGGCCUGGCCGUGCUCUGCUCUCUGCCCAACACCAGCAUGCAUGGCAUCAAGCACCUGGAUGUGCCCUGCCGCGGCCUGGUCCCCGACUCGGCCAUCUGCACGCUGGUCCAGCCCCAGGCCCUGUACAACCUGGUGGUGCAGACCACCGCCCUGCUCUUCUUCGGCCUGCCCAUGGCCACCAUCAGCGUGCUUUACCUCCUCAUCGGGCUGCAGCUGUGGCGUGAGAGGCUACCGCCCCACCAGGAGGCCCGGGUCAAGGACGUCGUGGCCAGGUCCAGCGACACCCACAGGCUCAGGCAGCAGCUGCCGGACAGGAACCGGAGGCAGGUGACAAAGAUGCUGUUCGUGCUGGUUGUGGUGUUUGGGAUCUGCUGGGCCCCGUUCCACGCUGACCGUCUCAUGUGGAGCUCCGUGUCACAGUGGUCGGAUGGCCUGCACGUGGCCUACCAGUACCUGCAUGUUCUCUCGGGCGUCUUCUUCUACCUCAGCUCGGCCGCCAACCCCAUACUGUACAGCCUCAUGUCCAGUCGUUUCCGGGAGACCUUCCGGGAAGCUCUGUGCUUCGGGGCCCGCAGCCGCCGCCUCAGACCCCACUGCAGCUCCCACAGCCUCACCAGGGUGACCACCCUGUAA